CUGUUCUUACCUUGCUCCAACGAUCUCGAUCUCUUCAUUGAGUAUUCUUUUCUUUGUAUUUGCUUGUGCUGGAUUUUUUUCGUGAUUUGAUUUGCUGUCGUUUGGAAAGCGUGUUCGGACCUAUACACAACCUGUCUGGUAUAGGUGUAAGGGAGGACGAAAGAGACACACACAGAGAGGACAGACAGUAAACGGGCGAUGAGAGGAACAGUUGGCAGCACAAGUACAACGUUGCUCAAACAGUAACUGAACUGAACUGGUGCUGUACUGCUCCCUGUCUAGUACCAGCCUCAACCAACAAAGCGAAACAUACAGAUCGGAAAUUCCUCAUGACGGCGGCGCGAAAGAAGAAGCUGAGUAUCAGCGGCAUUGCAGGAAGCAACAAGAAGGAGAACAUGAAGGGCAAUGGAAGAAGCAAUGGAACAGGAGGAGGAGGAUGGAGUUUUGGGCGAUGGGCCUCUACAAAGACAGCUUCAACAAACACAACGAGCAACUCGGGGACCACUUGUCCCAUUUCAGUGUCUUCUGGCUCUGCUACUGGAGGCGCUACUGUUGCAAACGCCAGCAAUAGUUCAGCCAGUCCAAGCCCAAGUCAGAGUCCAAGUCAGUGCCCGAGCACAAGCACAAGCACCCACCAGGACCAGCGCGGACACUACUUUCGAUCCCACCUUCAUCAACACGCCAGUUCGGCUUCGGCGCCGUCUCAUUCUCAUCCUCACUCUCAUUCCCACUCCCAUUCUCACGCUUCAGCUGUCGCCGCUUACAAUUCGGCCCUCAAGAGACCCCUCGUCACUGUUCACCCUCUCUCCGACUCCAAUUCCGUCUCCUCUGUCUCCUCAUCCUCGACUACAGCAUCAUCUACACCAACAUCAUCAUACGGCUCGCCCACUACCACCGCAACAACAACCCCGGUCUCGUCUCCUGCCUCGUCUGUCGCAUCUCCAACCCCAAGAUCGACAUCAACAUUCGCUACCCCCGUAUCUGUACCGACCAAGCCCCCAAAGAGAUCCGUCCACUUCCGCUCUGGCGCGACAAUCAUCUCUAGCAGUAACAAUAACAGCACCGCGCCCUGUAUUCCCGUCCUCUCUGUCGUGCCUCCGCCUGGCCAAGACGGCGGCGACGGAGAGGCAAGACGGCCCGCCAUGCAGCGAGUUUCUUCCUUUCUCCCCUCGUGGGACAAGAGGUCGUCGGGAGGUUCUAGAGCUGGCCUCUUCGGCUGGUCCUCCAACCGUUCCAGCACUUCCAUAUCCGGCGCAAACUCGAAUGCAUUGUCCAGGUUAAAUACUGCGGCCGCUAAUGCCAGUGGCCGAGUACAGCGGGAGGCUUUCUGGCCUGCCACUCUGGAUCUCGAAUGCGAAAAGGCUGCCCGCAUCCUCAAGUCUUUCUGCACGGAUGGAUAUCUCGUGCCAUUGGAGGAAGAAGAAGACGCACAAUCGACGACAAGCGAACCACGCUCCCCAAAACGAGUCACCAAGAAGAUCCCCAAGCGCAUCAUCCAGAACGCAGCCGGAAUCGCCAUCUUUACCUGCAUGCGCAGCGGUCUGUACAUGACAGGCUCCGGCGGCUCCGGUAUUCUCAUAGCACGAAAGUCAGACGGUACCUGGUCACCCCCAUCAGGAAUCAUGUUGCAUACGCCCACCCUCAGCUUUAUUAUCGGCGUCGAUGUUUACGAUUGCGUUCUCGUUAUUAACAACCUUGCCGCCCUCGAAUCAAUCACAAAGCCUCGUGUCACCCUAGGCGAAGACGUCGGACUAACUAGUGGCCCCCUGGUAUCGCUUGACUCAGAUGAGUCGCACAUAAAAUGGAAGGACCUGGGAAAUACCGUUUUGACAUACCUGAAAGCGCGGGGUCAAAAUCAGGUCGUCAACUUGAACGGGUGUAUCCUGGCCGAGCGAGGGAACGAGAAUGAACGAUUCUAUUCCAACCAAGUAACACAAAUGGACAUUCUGGCUGGUAACGUCUCUCGCCAAGUAGAGGAGGUUGGGCCGCUCUCAGAGGUUAUCAAGAUGGCAGAAGGUAGGACAGACUACGAUGCCUCUUUGAUAAGCAAAAUCGCUGCGGAAUGUGCGCCAGGAGACGCCAUGAUCGCGACACCCAAAUCGUCAACACCCGCCUCGCCUCGAACUGCCUUUGGAAUUCCCAAUGUCGAUGAUCCCGAUCCUUUUGGCGUGUUGGCCCUCGAGAUGGCUGGCUUGGAAAUCCGAGAGGCAGGAUCAAGACUGCGACCUACCAGCAGCCAAUUUGACUUCAACCCCGCGCCUACGAGCCCAGCAUUCUCAAAAUUCAACAGGCAAAGUGUAGAUACCUUUGUGACGAGGAGUAACCGAAACAGUUACAUGUCCUCACGAACGGCGAAAAGUCAAAUGACAGAUGCUGGAACACAGACGGAUGUGGGCAUAACACCCGAGACAACCCCCAGCCCAGGUCAAAGCGAAGACGGUUUUGACAGGUCUACCCGCACGCAAAUUCCCGAGGUCACGGAGGAAGAGGAGGAGGUUGAUUACACAAAGGUCGACCUGACCCCUAUAAGACAUUUGAGCGGAGCCCAUACUCCUCUCAGUGCGACCAGCCACAGUAGCACAACAGCUGUGGAACAUGACACCCUCAAAGUCGAGCCCCGGGAUGACACUGACAAGGCCUCGAGCAACUAUGACAGCGACAGGGACGACAAGAGCAGCCGAAAGACCGACAAUGAAGGUGAUUCCGAAAGCGAGGCGGAGGAAGAUGAGGAGGAGGAGGAACCCGUGGUGUUCGAGGUGGCUGCUGUCCAGCCGGCCAGAACCCAGGCUGUUGCAUCCCGCAUGAUCCACGCUAAGGGUAACAUGGUUACCAUUGGCAAGAGGAUUCCUCCCCCACUGCCCAUGAGGAGCCCUGCCAGGACCUCGCGAUCCAGUAAGAGCGAGAUCGGCGAUGUUUCAAACCUCCGAAGCCCUCUGCGAAAGGAGGCUUUCAGCGAGGAAGAUCUUGCCUCUGAGGAUGAGCAAACCAAGUCUGACUCUUCACCUUAUCUCAAGCCCCAGGAGUUCAAGGUUGAGAAGGUCAGAGUUGAGGCCAAGAAGGCUGAAGAGUCUAGGUCUGAAGAGCCCAAGAUUGAGGAGCCAAAGGCAGAAGAACCUGAGGCUAAGGAGGCUAAGCUCGACGAGGCCAAGGCCGAUGAGCCCAAGGUCGACGCACCUAAGACUGUCGAGAACAAGGCUCAAGACGAUUCGUCAUCCGAAUCCGACGUCGAGUUCUUCCCAGCCGAAGAGGCAACAACGGACAUUGCCAAGACCGAGGAGCCUCAAGCAAAGGAACCUACUGCUGAGCCCGCCAAGAUUGAGAAGCUAGAGGAGGAGGAGGCUGCAACUGAGUCCAAGGUUGAGACCAAGGAUGCUCAGACAUCACCUACACUUCCCCAGACUGAGCGGGCAGAAAGCCCUGUGACACCCGAGAAGAAGCACACAUCAUCUAUUUACACUGGUGUUACCGAUGAUCGAUGGAGUGUUGAUGGCUCUACACUUACAACCCCUACAUCUGACCGACCUUUCUCAGUCAUUGACGAUGUGACUGAAGACGUGACCCCACGAAAGCCAUCAAAGGAGGUCGAACCCACUAAGGAGACUGAGCCAACUGAGCUGAACGAAAAACAUGAAGACUUGAAGAAGAUAACAUCGAAUGAGACAACUCCCAACACGAUCACGGUUGUAUAAUUGAGGACGACGAUGGUUUUACAUCAGUAGAUGGGAUAUGGCGCACGGCCUGCACUUUUCAUGGGUAAUUACUGGGCGGCUUUUUUGAGAGACGUUUCUUUUUUUUUCUGCGCAUUCUUGUCAAUACUUUGGUGAAAAUGUACGUUAUGAUGGGAUCUUUGUGUGUUCAGGGGUUCGAUUUGUGACCCCUGAUGGCGUUUGUUGGGUUGGUCAUAACCACUUUGUCAGUUCUCUCGAGCAGCGCAUAGCUUAUACCACCUCGAGGAGCAAACUGAUGAGAAGAGGAACGGGUCUUGGUCGAUCGAUGUACUGGAUGUGUCAUGGGAUGGGAAGGACGAGACGAGACGAGACGAGACGAGAUGAGACGAGUAAGGCUUGAACAUAUGGAUGAAAGGAAACGAUCCUUGAAGAACGCAAGUGAUCUGUGUACCUGGAGUUAGUUGUGGUUUCUUGGAGGCCUGGCCUGGUAUAGUCUAGAGGUCAAACUAUGAUAAAGUAUUAUUCCUAAUGCCAUUGAAUAGAUACAGUAUGAACUGG